AUGCUGGAGCAAACAGCCUUGAUCGCGCACAAUGCCGCUUUCGACAUCAGGAUGCUCGUCAACGAUUUGCAGCGCUGCGGGCUUCUGAGUUGUGGCGACAGGUUGCGGCAACAUCUUUUUUGCAGCGCCGAGGCCUUCGGUGCCCUGAGGCCCUCAAGCCCAAGAGAUCUGACAACAGCAUGCUACUUGCUUGGCAUCACAGACGGUGGUCCAGGCAGCGUGUGGAGAACGGUGCACUCCGCGCUGGCUGAUGCAGUCCUCACUGCCAAGGUGGUGAUCGCAAUGACUUCCAUCUUGCAAGACGCUCCUCCAUCGAAGUUGCCACCUCCGCCGCCCCUUCCGUGCCGAUUGCGGCGGCGAGCGCCGCAGGCUGCGGAAGACGAGUCUGACAGCCAAAGCCGCAAGCGGCGCUUGCCGCUGUCGUUCUCCGGCGAGUAUGUUUGGGUCGAGGAGCCGGCACCGUUGCAGUGCCGGAAAAAGAAGUAUCAGAAGAAAGGUCAGUUCCAAAUCAUCACGAAGAGUCGCAAGAAAAGGCACUUUGCACUGAGCCUGUGCCGCGCUGCAACCCGCACAAGAGUGAUCCAAUGCGCUGGACUGGUUGCACAGCCAGUGGUUCAUCGAGGGAGUGAAUCGCACAGAUACGUCGUGGCAGAGAAGCCCCAGCAAAGGUACCGAGCUGCUGCUCCGGACGGUGAGCCGGAUCGUUUGGUAAGAUACUUGGGUGGAAACGUUUCAGUUCGUGCAAUUUCUGCUACAGAUCUGGUGCAGAAGGUAACAGGUCGGUCGCUUAUGGCCACAGCACUGCUUGCAAAUGGCAGAGACGAGGGCGAGAGCCUGCAGAUGCGGAUACAAGGAGCUGGCCCAAUCGGGACGAUAAUUACGGAGGCAUCUUCAGCUUUGACUUGCCGGGGUAUGGUUGGGUACCCAAGUGCAGACGCUGCCUCUGUGCCGGAGCUCGUUGGGAUGAGCCAGGCGGCCACACUCCGCCUUACCCGGACGCAUCCGUUUUGGAAGAGGCCUUACACGGGCACCAUUGCCCUGAGGUGUGGUGAGAUUGCCGAGGAUGUGGUGCAGUAUCUGGCCAUGAGUGAACAGACUCCCGCCUCGAUGGGCCUCAGCGUGGAAUGGGAUGCGGAGGCAGGGCGUGUCAAAUCUGCAGAAGGCUGGCUGGUCACCCUGCUACCAGGUUGGGAGGAAACGGAAGUUGCUGUCGUUGAGACCAACAUCAAAACCUUUCCCAACAUGGACUCAAAUGGCUCCUCACGUCCGGAUGCCAUCUGCCAGCACAUGAUGCGAGAGCUUCGUGGUGAGUUUCAAGCUGAGCAGACACCAACCUUCAGCUGCAAGUGCUCCAAGUCACGGCUGGCGACGGCCGUGAUGAUGCUCGGAAAGGAAGAGGUGCUCAACAUCCUCAAGAACGAGGACUUGCGUGCUGCAGUGAUCGGCAGCGACUUGAAAAGGCUAGCGGAGGAAGACCUUGCCGCAGCCAAGGACGGGUGGGAGACCUCCGUAGGAGGCCAGGGACACGUCAUCAUCAUUGGAGCUGGCCUGGUGGGCUCAUUGUGUGCUGUGGUCCUGUUGCAGAAGGGCUUCAAGGUGCAUUUGUAUGAGCGUUACCAAGACAUCCGAUCUAUACCCAGUGCUGGGAGAUCCAUUAACUUGAGUGUUACGAGCCGCGGGCUCCGAGCCAUCAAAGCUCUGGGCGGAACUCUCUAUGACGAUAUCAUCUCUAAUCUCACUACCAAAGUUAUGGGCCGGAUUAUUCACACUGACGAGAAGGUCAUUUUCCAACGGUAUGGAAAAGAUGACACAGAGCACAAUUACUCCGUCUCGCGAUUGGAUCUAAACAAGUUCCUGCUGAAUGCAGCUGCUGAUGCCGGUGCAGAUCUUCACUUUGACCACGCCCUGUUAGAAAGCUCUGAUUUCUUGACAGAGGGCAGCGUUGGAAGUUGCUUGCACUUCAAGCAGGGAGGUGGAAGUUUCUUGAAGGUCCACGCAGACUGCCCAGUGGUUGCUUGCGAUGGUGCAGGUUCUCGAGUUCGGUAUGCGCUGCGGCGGUGUGGCCUUACAGAGUUUACGGAGGACCUCCUGACCCGAGGGUACAAAGAGGUGCUUUUUCCCAAGCCGGAGGUAGGCAAAGAAUUCGGAGCCACCGGUGAGCAUGGCGAAGCAUGCGAUGGCCGGCUAGGUCUGCACAUUUGGCCGCGAGGUGACCACAUGCUAAUGGCCUUGGCAAAUCGAGACGGAUCCUUCACUGGCACCAUCUAUAUGGACAAUGAGGGAGAGGAGGCUUUUGCAGCUUUCACAGACACACCCGAGGGCCGAGCCAAAUGCUCGCAGUUCUGUGAGAAGUACUAUUCGGACGCGAUCCCUCAUGUCGGUGGUCUGGACAGCCUGGUAAAUCAGAUCGUCCGGAAUCCAACUGGCAUCCUAGGAACUGUUCGGGCAACCAAGUGGGCAUCACAGGGCAAGGUGCUGCUCAUCGGCGACUCCUGCCAUGCUAUGGUGCCUUUCUUCGGCCAGGGGUGCAAUUGCGGCUUUGAGGACACAUUGUGGCUCAACAAGCUCAUCGACCAGUAUUGCUGCGACGGUGGCAAGGUCUCUGUGGAGAAGUGCACCGGAGAAAAUUUCGCGGCCUGUUUUGCGGCUGUGGAGGCAGAAAGAAAGCCAAGCGCAGAUGCGAUAUGCGAGAUGGCUCUUGAAAAUUUCCUGGAGAUGAGAGAUAAGACUGGCGAUGUGAAGUUUCAAGUGCUGAAGAAAGUCGAGAACCGGUUGGAGAACAUGUUUCCAGACAAGUUCCGAAGUCGGUAUGCCAUGGUAUGCUAUGGUGGAGAGGGCAAUGUCUCCUACGCGAAUGCCAAGGACCUCGGGGUUGUUCAAGCGAGUAUCCUUGAGAAGCUGUGGGAAACCUUCGGUGGCAUAUCGGCCGAGCAAGUCAAUUCAAUCGAGCUUGGUGACGCAGAGGCGCUGAUUGAUCGGCUUCUGGUGCCAAAGCAGAAGGAGCUUGGAAUUGAUCUCUCAACCGUGAAGCACUGA